AGAAUACUCCUGUGCAAGGGGAACACCAUAAAUGGCACAUCAACGUUCCUAUCUUACUUGGUUUCUCCUAAUAAACCUCACUUUUACUCUUGUCAUCAGCAGCCAUGGAACAUCUCAAGAAGAUCGGAAGGUCUAUAUUGUGUACAUGGGAGAUCGUCCAAAGGGUGAUUUUUCUGCAGCAUCUCUUCAUUCCAGAAUGCUACAAGAAGUUGUUGGCAGUCAUGCAUCAGACAUUUUGCUGCACAGCUACCACAGGAGUUUCAACGGUUUUGUUGCUAAAUUGACUGAAGAGGAGAAGCAGAAACUGGCAGGCAUGGAAGGUGUAGUGUCUGUGUUCCCUAGUCAAAAGAAGAAACUCCACACGACAAGGUCUUGGACGUUCAUGGGGUUCCCCCUAAAUGUUACGAGAUCAACUAAAGAAAGUGAUAUCAUUAUUGGAAUGCUCGAUACAGGAAUUUGGCCUGAAUCUGAAAGUUUUAAGGAUGAAGGAUUUGGUCCACCUCCAGCCAAAUGGAAGGGAACUUGCCAAAUAUCGUCUAAUUUCACUUGCAACAACAAAAUAAUUGGAGCUCGAUACUAUAACUCUGAACGAAACCUUCCCCCAGGGGAAUUUGUUUCCCCCAGAGAUUCAGAAGGCCAUGGUAGUCACACUGCAUCAACAGCAGCAGGGGACGUUGUUAAUGAUGCGAGCUUACUUGGUGUCGGCUCAGGGACUGCAAGAGGAGGAGUUCCUUCUGCUCGAAUAGCUAUCUACAAGAUAUGUUGGUCUUUUGGUUGUUCAGAUGCUGACAUUCUAGCGGCAUUUGACGAUGCUAUUGCCGAUGGAGUUGACAUAAUAUCACUUUCAGUUGGAGGGUGGCCUAUGGACUAUUUUGAAGAUUCAAUAGCAAUCGGAGCUUUCCAUUCAAUGAAGAAUGGUAUACUCACAUCCAAUUCUGCUGGUAAUGAAGGCCCAGAACCUGGAUCAGUUUCUAAUUGUUCACCUUGGUCUCUUUCUGUUGCUGCUAGCACCAUAGACAGAAAGUUUGUGACCCCAGUAAAGUUGGGUAAUGGAGCACUUUAUAAGGGAUUCUCCAUAAAUACUUUUACACUUGGAAACUCUUCAUACCCAAUCAUCUAUGGUGGAGAUGCACCAAAUGUGACUUCACUAUACAAUGGUACCUAUUCCAGAUAUUGCAGCCAAGGUUCCUUGAACAAGACUUUGGUGCAAGGAAAAAUUGUUCUUUGCGAUUCUCUCAGUUUUGGGGAGGGGACAAUAGCUGCUGGUGGUGUUGGCUCAGUUAUGGAGCAAAGAUUUUACACUGAUGACGUCUUUAGUUUCCCUUUACCACUUUCCCCUGUAAUAUCAGAGGAUUUAGCUGACAUUAAGAAGUAUUUGAACAGUACAAGUGAACCAACUGCAACAAUACUGAAGACAAUCGAGGAGAAUAAUGAAUUAGCUCCCAAUGUUGUUUCCUUCUCCUCAAGGGGACCUAAUCCCAUAACAGCUGACAUUCUCAAGCCUGACCUAACAGCCCCUGGAGUGAACAUCUUAGCAGCUUGGUCUGAAGCUACUACUGUGACAGGAUCUCAAUUGGAUGACAGAGUAGUUCCAUACAACAUAAUCUCUGGUACAUCAAUGUCCUGCCCACAUGCUUCUGGUGCAGCUGCUUAUGUAAAGUCCUUUCACCCAACUUGGUCUCCUGCUGCCAUCAAAUCUGCUCUAAUGACUACAGCUUACUCCAUGAGUACUACAGCAAAUACGGAUGCAGAAUUCGCUUAUGGUUCAGGUCAUAUAAAUCCUGUAAAUGCUACUGAUCCUGGAUUAGUAUAUGAUGCUGAAGAGAUUGAUUAUGUUAAGUUUUUGUGCGGACAAGGGUAUAAUGCUACACAACUUAAGCUUGUGACUGGAGACAAUAGUGCUUGCUCUGCAGAAACAAAUGGAACAGUGUGGGAUCUAAACUACCCUUCUUUCGCUUUGUCUACCGUGCCAGGGCAUUCUGUAACUCGCAUAUUUCACCGAACUGUCACAAACGUUGGAUCAUCGUCAGCUACUUACAAGGCGAUCAUAAACGCUCCACCAGGACUUCACAUUCAAGUUCAACCAAAUGUUCUUUCUUUCACAUCUGUUGGAGAAAAGCAAUCAUUUGUUGUGACAGUUGAAGCUGAGUUAAGUGAUUUUGCAAUCUCAGGUUCCUUAACUUGGGAUGAUGGGGUGCAUAAAGUAAAAAGUCCUAUUUUAGCACAUGUUAUCCAAAAUCCUCAGUAGUUUUAGAUAAUUAUUCCUUCCAAACUAAGCCAACAAAUAUGGUAAAAGCAAGCUUACUUUGACUGGAUUCUGUCUGCUAGCCUGGCAAUGUAAUUUUUUUUUUUAUGUCAAAUGAAUAAAAUAGAAUGUUU